AUGGCCAAUGCUGCGAGUCCGUUCCUGCCCCUCCACCUCUCGCACGCGGACGCCACCUACCUCAAGGAGCUCGUGCACGUGCUCGUCCAGCACCAGGUGGUGAGCUACGAGCGAUAUCUGCACGAGGACCAGGAGCGUCUCGACAACAAGCGCUGGAAGCAGGUCCUACAGCGUGACAAUGUGCGGGUCUUCACUGAGCUGCAAGGCUCGAACCCCGCGGAGGACGCGGGCCUGGGUUUCAUCGACCAACAACAGUCUUCCGAGUCGACGGACGUGCCAGCGUUGCUUACCGUUGGCUUCAUGGAGGGCUCUCUGGACAACGCCAUGUAUGGACUGAUGACCCCCACGGUGGAGUCAAUGCGGCUCAAGUACUUCUACGCUGGAGAUCAGUUGGCCAAUGGUGCCGUAUUGACGACGAUCGAUCGGCCAACCGCCACCAACCCGUUCCAGUCGCUCACCGUCAAGUGGGUCGAAGGCUACCAGCCGCCUGUCGUCCGCUCCAUCAUCAACAACCGCGACUUCGUGUACAUGGAGGCCACGGGUUUCACCAAGCUCAGCGACGGCGAGUUGGUCGGCUAUCAGCUGCUCCACUCGGUGCACUUCCCUCAGACGACGAAGGUUCGGGGUAACGUUCGCGGUACCAUGUCGAUCUGUGGACUGUAUCGCCAACGGAACCACAGCGUCGUGGAUAUCUUCUCCAAAGCUUCGGUCAAUUCAGGGGGCCGAGUAGCUCGAUCGUUGGUGGUCAAGUAUUGCUCGGCCGCGUUGAUCUCCGCCAGGAAGAUGGUGCACUGCGCUCGCCUCAAGAAGCUCGCGUGGUUGUUGAGACUGCGCGAUACUGGGAACAACGGUGGAUUCAUUCGAGGAGACCCAAAGUGCAUCGGCUGUGGCCAGACGCCCGGGGUGUUCGCCAACGGGAUCGGGGCCUGUUCGCUGUGCAAACGCGCGCUGUGCUCGAGUUGUAGAGUGAAGAUUGAGCUGGGAUUCAUCGGACUCGGAGGAGGCCUCGUGAAGAACAAAAUGUGGUUCUGCACGUAUUGUAUCGAUGAAGCGGGGCGGACGAACGCGCGUCGGGUCGCGUGCGGAGAGUAUGCGGGUAUUAGGCUGGCCGAGAGCACUCCGUGGAGCAGCGGGCUGACGAAUUCCAGUUCACCAUCGAAUUCCGAGAGAAGCGAUGACUGGGGGUCGUUGGAGUCCAAGAGAUACCUCAAUCUCUUGCCUAGAUAG